UACUACUACUACUACUACUACUACGACGCCAGCAUCGCGCGCGCAAACUGGGUCAACUCACUUACACUAGUGACUCAAACUUGCUCUACUGUCUUUACAUACAUACCCACAUACCCACAUACCGUAUACAGAGUACCGACAACUCCUUCACCUGGGUCACCCCCCCGCAUGCAAGGCUGACGAUAAGACGGUGUCUGGUCUAGGUGUGUGCAACACCCUGUCUCGACGGUACCUCUCUCUUAAGGUUGUCGUCUUAAACUGGGCUAUGAGAGAAGAAGGCCUGCUUUGGUUGUAUUGCGUAUGCUGCAUACUGCAAACUGCACUGUAACUCUUCGUUACCAUACGUUUUGACCAUUCCCCCCUCCUACUCCUCCCACGCACCUUGUUCGUUAUGGCUCACCUCGACUCCAUGCACCCUGACCACCCUGACCACCCCCCUCAUGUACUACUUUCGUUGUUGCAUGGCCAUGCGUUCUCGUGUUGGUUGUCCAUUUUUAUCAUGGCUUUUUCUUUUUUCUUACACGCAUCCUGAUUUGGCAUUCCGUUCUUUGUUGUUGUCUUGGGAUGGGGCCCGGAUGCGAACUGGAGUUCAUAUGGAGCAACGAGCAGGGAUUCCGGGCAUUGCUUUUUUUGUUUGGUGUGACAUUUGGGCGCUGCAAAAGAGUUUAGGAACUGAAUAUCAUGUGUAAGGGCGCAGGGUCUACGGGCAUUUUUUCUCCAUUAUUCUAGGUAUACAGUACUGAUGGAGCUAUGGUGUUUCUUUUUGUCCCCCCCGGCUGUUUUUCUCCUCCCUUCCACCGUUCCCUGAAAGUUAGCGAGUAGAUCCCAGAUGGAUCCGCACAGCGUAGCGGGAAUUCUCUUACUUGUCUCUGGUCUCUGGUCUCUGGUCUCUUAGUCAGGACGUGAUGAUAUAUCCCCUGGUUAUACCCACAUUGGUUGGAUAUGAGAUCUAAAAGCUGACAGCCGCGGGCUGGGGAAUAAGUGGUGUUUUCCAGCCUUAUUUGAGAUGAGAAUUGUCUAUGGAUUGGUGCAUUUUUUGCAGAAGAAUUGGACAACGGCCAGGGGGGGAAACGACCACUACCGCCCACCGGAGUGUCUCAACUUGCAUGGGAAGUGAAUGUCUAGGAAGGGAAAUUGUUUUUUCUUUUGCGGAGAAACGACAUCGAGAACAUGUGGUUUCUAUCUAUUUUCUUAUAUUGAUACCUUGUCACGCGGGCAAUUUGGGAUGAUUAUGCUUAUUCUCGAUGAUACCAAAGCAUGUUAUGAGAAUCAGAUCAAUCAAUGAAUACAGUUAGUUAUGAUAUAUGAUACAAUCUAUCAUACCCCAGAA